GCUCUUGGAGGUUAGGCAGUUGGCCUGCAAAGGCAAUAAUCAAAGAGAAUGCACCUGAAUAUUGGGUCUGAGGAAUAAAUUAAACCUUUCAGCUGUGAAGUACAGGGGUUAAACCUUACUGUAUUGUGUUGGCUCAUUAGCGUAGUGUGAGUGCUCUUGGUCUACUUGAAAUAAAAACGCAGUUAAUGAAAAUUAUGGGAUUUGGUGUGACAGCUGCUUAAUCCAGAAGCAGUGCUCCAACUGAGGCCUGGUCUACACUAUGGGGUUAGGUCGAAUUUAGCCGCAUUAGGUCGAUUUAAGAAUGACUGCGUCCACACAACCAACCCCAUUCCAUCGACCUAAAGGGCUCUUAAAAUGGACUUUUGUACUCCUCCCUGACGAGGGAAGUAGCGCUAAAAUAGACCUUGCUGGGUCGAAUUUGGGGUAAUGUGGACGCAAAUCGAUGGAAUUGGCCUCUGGGAGCUAUCCCAGAGUGCUCCAUUGUGACUGCUCUGGACAGCACUUUGAACUCUGAUGCACUAGCCAGGUACACAGGAAAAGCCCCAGGAACUUUUGAAUUUCAUUUCCUGUUUGGUCAGUGUGGCAAACUCAGCAGCACUGGUGACCAUGCAGUCCCCCCAGAAUUGCAAACGAGCUCCAGCAUGGACCAAAAGGGAGACACUGGAUCUGAUUGCUGUAUGGGGAGAAGCAUCUGUGCAGGCCAAACUCCGAUCAAAAAGAAGAAAUGCAAAUAUAUUUGCCAAAAUCUCACAGGGCAUGUUGGACAGAGGCUACAACAGGGACACACAGCAGUGCUGCUUGAAAGUUAAGGAGCUCAGGCAAGCCUACCAAAAGACAAAGGAGGCAAACGGUUGCUCCGGGUCAGAGCCCCAUACAUGCCGCUUCUGUGAUCAGCUGCAUGGCAUUCUAGGAGGGGACCCUACCACUACCCCACCACUGUCUGUUGACACCUCCAAGGGGGGUGUCUCACACAACAGGGAGGAGGAUUUGGGGGAUGAGGAGGAGGAGAAUGCACAGCAGGCAAGCGGUGAAUCCGUUCUCCCCAGCAGCCAGGACCUUUUCAUCACCCUGGAGCCAAUACCCUCCCUAGCGGGAUCCCCGACCCCAAAGCCAGAGAAGGCACCUCUGGUGCAAAUGUUUCUACGCUCCCCCUAUCAUCUCCGUCCCAGAGGCUAUCGCAGAUUAGAAGGCGAAAAAAACGCACUCGCAAUGACAUGUUUUCCGAGCUCAUGCAGUCCUCCCGUACUGAUAGGGCACAGCUUAAUACAUGGAGGCAUUCAGUGGCAGAGACCAGGAAAGAAUUAAGUGAGCGCAAAGAGCGGAGGCAGGACGCGAUGCUGAGGCUAAUGGGGGAGCAAACGGACAUGAUGAAAGGUUUCAGAGUAGCAGCCAUGUUAGUCUGUAUUUGCAAAAAGAAAAGGAGUACUUGUGGCACCUUAGAGACU